AUGGAGGCCAGUCUGAAAGUAACAUUUGACCUUUUUGAUGAAGUGUUGAAAGAAAUUAGAGAUCGGAGAAGAAAACUUAAAGAUUUACGACUAGAAAUUCAUAUCUUUGAAGGAAGGGAUGCUGUUGGAUGGAUGAUCAAAGUUGAAAAAUAUUUUAAUGCAGGAGGCAUAUGUAAAGAAGAAGAUCAAAUACCAAGAGUUGCGCAGUUGGUGAGUGGUAAAGUCGUCACAUGUAGAGAAUCAGCAAUGGAAAUGAGAGAAAUGAGAUUCAGUGAUGAACCAAAUAAAUGGCCACCACCACAAUGGUUCUGCCAACAGCCGUUGUUGCCGAAACCUCAAAACGUCGGGUAUCACAUGGUAAUUGUUGUUGUUCCUAAGAUAAACUCUAGGAAAGAGAAAGUUCAACUAUCAGUUGUCAUCCCAACAAUCAAUCAUGAGAAAAUUGAUGGUAGUGAGCAAAUUUAG